UAAAUCACAGCCCAGGGAAACCUCCUCAGAGCUUUCAUCCAGCCACGGGCCAGCAUGUCUGGGGGCAAAUACGUUGACUCGGAGGUAGGCAUCGGUGGGGGCGCGCCGGCCCGGGCGCGCGGGGAGUGUCCGCUUCUGCUAUCUGCCUCUCCAAAUAUCCCGAUUGCUCCCCUGGCCCCAGCCCUCUCUCCACUUCGGAGCACUCCUCUGGCAUUGGCACCGCUGAGGAAUGGGCCUGGGCGGGGAGGUGAAGAGAAGCCAGGAAUGUUUUAUGUUUUCCUAAUGGGGAGGGGGCCUAGGGAGCCCCUGAGCUAGGAGAACAAGGAAAAGGGGAUUGGGGUCCUGAGACUGGGUCUGUCGGACCCAGGACGCGUUUUCUGGACAGGUCUAGGAUGCUCCCUUGUCACGGGACCCCCGCGGUCCGGCCCUGCCUGCUGGGGGUUCGAAGAGGUGGAGUGCAGGGUGGUGGUGUCAUUUACCCGAGUCCUGGGGACAGUCCCCGAGACUCCCCGCCAGGCGUCCAGACCGGCAGGUCCCGGAGGCGGCGCGCAGUGUGUUUGCACUUUCCAAAGUUCUUGAACCAUCUCAAGAACUCCUUCUGCAUCUUGGCGUCUGGCAGGGGUGUUCUGAGAGGGGUGGACCUUCCCUCCCCAAACUGCCAACAUCACUUCCAACGCCCUCCACGCUCUGGAGCUCUGCCCAGGUGUGGAGACCUCGUUUUACAACACGCAGCUGCCCUUCAGCCACUCGCCCGCAGCCUGGGAGUGCCCUGGGGGUGGGUCGGGGGAGCUGCGCAGGGACAUCUCUACACCGUUCCCAUCCGGGAACAGGGCAACAUCUACAAGCCCAACAACAAGGCCAUGGCAGACGAGCUGAGCGAGAAGCAAGUGUAUGACGCGCACACCAAGGAGAUCGACCUGGUCAACCGCGACCCUAAACACCUCAACGACGACGUGGUCAAGAUUGACUUCGAAGAUGUGAUUGCAGAACCAGAAGGGACACACAGUUUCGAUGGCAUUUGGAAGGCCAGCUUCACCACCUUCACUGUGACGAAAUACUGGUUUUACCGCUUGCUGUCUGCCCUCUUUGGCAUCCCGAUGGCGCUCAUCUGGGGCAUUUACUUCGCCAUUCUCUCUUUCCUGCACAUCUGGGCAGUUGUACCAUGCAUUAAGAGCUUCCUGAUUGAGAUUCAGUGCAUCAGCCGUGUCUAUUCCAUCUACGUCCACACCGUCUGUGACCCACUCUUUGAAGCUGUUGGGAAAAUAUUCAGCAAUGUCCGCAUCAACUUGCAGAAAGAAAUAUGAAUGACAUUUCAAGGAUAGAAGUAUACCUGAUUUUUUUUCCUUUUAAUUUUCCUGGUGCCAAUUUCAAGUUUCAACUUGCUAAUACAGCAACAGUUUAUGAAUGAAUUAUCUUGGUUGAGAACAAAAAGAUCACUUUCUCAGUUUUCAUAAGUAUUAUGUCUCUUCUGAGCUAUUUCAUCUAUUUUUGGCAAUCUGAAUUUUUAAAACCCAUUUAACUUUUUUUCCUUACCUUUUUAUUUGCAUGUGGAUCAACCAUCGCUUUAUUGGCUGAGAUAUGAACAUAUUGUUGAAAGGUAAUUUGGGAGAAAUAUGAAGAACUGAGGAGAAAAAAAAAAAAAAAGAACCAACAACCUCAACUGCCUACUCUAAAAUGUUGGUCAUUUUAUGUUAAGGGAAGAAUUCCAGGGUAUGCCAUGGAGUGUACAAGUAUGUGGGCAGAUUUUCAGCAAACUCUUUUCCCAUCGUUUAAGGAGUUAGUGGAUUACUGCCAUUCCUUUCAUAAUCCAGUAGGAUCCAGUGAUCUUUACAAGUUAAAAAACAUAAUCUUCUGCCUUCUCAUGAUCCAACUAAUGCCUUACUCUUCUUGAAAUUUUAACCUAUGAUAUUUUCUGUGCCUGAAUAUUUGUUCUAUAGAUAAUGAGACCUAAGUGCCUUCCUGUUUUUCACAUUUUCCUUUUCAAACAUGGUUUAACUCAGCAACUCGCAUUAGGUCAGCAGCCUCCCUGAAGACCAAAAUUAGAAUAUCCAUGACCUAGUUUUCCAUGAGUGUUUCUGACUCUGAGCUACAGAGUCUGGUGAAGCUCACGUCUGGGCUUCAUCAGGCAACAUCUUUAUCCAUAGUGAGUAUGGUCAACACUAGCCUGAUGAAAUGAAUUAAAGUGGACCAAUAGGGCUGAGCCCUCUGUGGGCUGGCAGGCCUGGAAGCCAGCUUUCCCUGCCUCUCAUGAGCUGAAUGAGGUCAGCAUGUCUAUUCAGCUUCGUUUAUUUUCAAGAAUAAUCACGCUUUCCUGAAUCCAAACUAAUCCAUCACCGGGGUGGUUUAGUGGUUCAACAUUGUGUUCCCUUUUCAGCUGAUCAGCGGGCCUCCAGGGAGGGGCCCUAAAACGGAGGCCAUUGUGUGAGCCUAUCAGAGUUGCUGCAAACAUGACCCCUGCUCAGUAAAGCACUUGCAACCGUCUGUUAUGCUGUGACACACGGCCCCUCCCGCUGCCCGGAGCUUUGGACCUAAUCCAAGCGUCCCUUUGCCCAGAAAGAAGAUGGGGGAGGAGGCAGUAAUAAAAAGAUUGAAGUAGUUUUGCUGGAAUAAGUUCAAAUUCUUCUGAACUCAAACUGAGGAAUUUCACCUGUAAACCUGAGUCAUAUAGAAAGCUGCCUGGUAUAUCCAAAAGCUUUUUAUUCCUCCUGCUCAUAUUGUGAUUCUGCCCUUGGGGACUUUUCUUAAACCUUCAGUUAUGCUUUUGUUUUUGUUUUUUUUUUUCAUACACUUAUUGGAACUCCGCUUGAUUUUUGCCUCUUCCAGUUUUCCUGACACUUUAAUUACCAACCUGUUACCUACUUUGACUUUUUUGCAUUUAAAACAGACACUGGCAUGGAUAUAGUUUUACUUUUAAACUGUGUACAUAACUGAAAAUGUGCUAUACUGCAUACUUUUUAAAUGUAAAGAUAUUUUUAUCUUUAUAUGAAGAAAAUCACUUAGGAAAUGGCUUUGUGAUUCAGUCUGUAAACUGUGUAUUCCAAGACAUGUCUGUUCUGCAUAGCUGCUUAGUCCCUCAUGCAAAUCAAUUAUUGGUCCAAAAGACUGCUGAAAUUUUAUAUGCUUACUGAUAUAUUUUACAAUAUUUUUUAUCAUGCAUGUCCUAUAAAGGUUACAAGCCUGCACAAUAAAAAUGUUUAACAGUUAAA